AUGGCAACCACUACCUGCCUCCAGCUUGACGAGCUGCCAAAAAAACCGGCAAACUUCCAUCGCUAUAUAUUCUCCGGGGCUUCUUUCCCUUUUACUGCAGUCAAAGAAGAGAAAACCAACCUAGUUUCACAAACCGCAGAAGCACGACAAAGCGUGUUACUGCUCAAGGGGGUCCGUGAACAAUACACUCUGGUUAAAGAUCAUUCUAUUCCUACGAUUCUACAUCCCGGGGAAAUUCUUGUGAAGGUCCUUGCAAUCGGGCUCAAUCCGAUUGACUGGAAAGCACCGGCAUUCAAUUUUGGCAUUCCUAGCUUGCCUUGGAUUAAUGGACGUGAUCUAGCUGGACUGGUGCUGCAAGUACCCCGCGAGAACUCCCGCGUCCGCGUGGGUGAUAUUGUCCUAGUACCCUCGACGGAUUAUCGAGACAUUCGGAAAGCCGCAUUUCAAGAAUAUGCAAUUGCGACCGACUUCAAUGCAGCGCGAAUUCCAUCCUCCGCAUCUAUUCACGCAUCUGCCUCCCUCGGAGUAGCAUUUGUGGCCUCCGUCUUGGCUCUCGGCGUUUCAUUUGGAUUAGAUUUCUCCAUUCUUCCCAACUUACCUGGCCCCAAUCUGCCUCAAAUUAUCAAUGAAUUGGACAGAGAUGAUAUCCCUGCCGAUAUAAUAGACGAGUGCUAUCCAUCCAGAGAACGCUUACAACGCGGUGACUGGGUUGCAAUAUGGGGUGCUUCGACAACAACGGGGCUAGUGACUUUGCAAUUAGCAAAGCUGGCUGGACUUCGAGUGAUUUGCGUGGCCGAUGCUGCACGACAUGGAGCCAAGCUCCUGGAGUUUGGAGCCGAUCUUCUGGUGGACCGACACGAUACAAAUCGCGCAGUGGAAAUCAUACGCGGAGUCACAAGUGGUAAACUACGAUAUGCAAUUGAUAUUGUGGGGAAAGAAACUGCAACUCUGCUUGAGAAAACUUUGGAUCCUUCGGAACAUUCUCAUUUGCUUGGGCUCACAGGAUUACCCAAAGUGCGUAACCCAGGCAUUCGUUACCACACGGUGCCUAUCAAGUUAUUUCAUACUGCCCCCACAGUUGGUGAGAGCAUGGUUCGCUGGCUAGAAGACCUACUUCAGUCGAAUACUCUCACCCUUCCCGAGAUUGUUCGCGCUGAGGGUGGACUGGAAGGAAUUAAUGCAGCAUUGGAUUUGCUUCGAACUGGGUCUGUUUCGGGAAAAAGAAUUGUUGUUGGGCUAGAGUCGGAAUCAUGA